GUUUAAUAAGGGUAGCGCAAAUCGCCACGGAAAUUUGGUCCAGGCUGGGCUGUCUUGGUCAUUGGUCUGCCUAAUAAACACGGAUGCGAUCGACAAGACAACAAAGUCCCGCGAAGUGAGCUAGUGCCCAUUGCAUUGGGUUGGCUGCCGACUGAGAGCAAGGCAUCACUGAUGUGUGCGAUGAUUACCUGUAUGGACUACUACCAGACACAUGGAAUCGAUUUGAGACAAAGCAUCAGCGCUUUCAUGGUCGACGGAGGGGUUGGAGCAUUGUCGGCUUUAGCUCAGGUCUUCCCGAAACUGCCCUUGCGGAGAGAUUUGCGUCAUAUUCUUGUGAACUGCCGCGGAUUGAGCCCAGACAUUGCUCCAAUGGUGUUCCGAACGUACUUGGCAGGGGAGGUGAACUUUGCGGCCUUCCUGCCAACACGCUUGAGCUUUCACUUGUUCUGGGAGCAAAUCCUUGCAGAGCUGGCAGUCGCCAAAAGGUUCGCUCUCCUGACUUGGAUCCGAACAUGUCUCUUGAGUCUGCAGGAUGGCAUGUGGACGGCUGCGUGGCAAGGCGGCCUUUGCAGCUCAUGCGUCCCUGGAUACACUACUGCUUGCGGAAACCAAGGCUUGGAAAGAUUCAACUUGUCUAUGAAGCAAGGCUUGCCUGACAACUACUCUGCAAUGAGCCUCACUACAGUGGCGCCCCGGCUCGAAGCCGCAGUGCGUACAGUCUUCUGUCAGAAAGCUUGGGUUCAUGAAGAGUCCGAGGAGGUACGCGACUGGCAACCGGAGGCAGCUUAUGCCCAACCUUGCCGCGAACUGCUCUUUGGCUCGCCUCUCCAAUCUGACCGGCUCGCAUGGGAGGAAGACAGACAGAGAAAGCAACCGUCUGCUUUCAAGUUCUGGCAGCAGUGCCCUGCCAACUUCGUCGAGACACAGGAGCGUUGUGUCUGGAACGGGUGGAAAGCCAGUGGCUUCUUCACCUUCCACCAGGACUUGCCAAGCGAGGUCAUCGACGGCGACACUCAUGCUGCUUUCACUGCCUUACUCCGAGCGGAAGACCACGCGACGGCUUGGCAGGCGCUUGAGGCCUUGAGUUUACUGAAGAAAGACAACAGCUUUCCAGAUGGACGCUUGAAGCUGGCAAACUUCAGAGCCUUGAUGACGAAUUUGUGCGUGGUGUUCCCGCUCGUGAAGAAGCAGUUUGGUGUGCAAGCAGUUUGCACAUGCAUCACCUUCAUGAAGCUCGGUAGCUGCUGCCACGAACUCUUGGUGAGGUAUUUCCAAGGUGACUCCGCCAUCCGCAUGGCGCCCAUGUCUGCGAUGACUUCUUCCUCAAGCGCGACCUUGUUGGAGACAGAAGAUGAGCUGCGGACCUCCAAGCGGAAAGGGCGUCCACCCUCCUUGCCUUCCAGAAGCGCAUGGCUGACUAUGUCCAACUUGUGGAAACGUGUGGAGGCGCAGCGUGAGAAGAAACGAGAAGCCA